UGGCCACCCUUGCUUUCCUCCUUUUCUUCGCAAUCACAAAUUCACAACCCAAAGUUCUAGCAUAACCCAUUCUCUCUUGCUCUCUUCUCCUCCUCCUCCUCCUCCAAAUCCUCUUAAAUUCAACUCUCUCUCUCUUUCUCUCUCGUGAACUUUUUACAGUGGUUUUCCUGUUAGUUGGAGGCGAGGGAUUAAGGAGAUUCAGUGUCUCCGGUGAUCGGGAAACCGUUGUUUCUUCCACACACAGUUGUGAUUUAAUAUUAAUUUUUAUACCGGAAAACCACUUCUAAAGAUCGUUUCUAGUUGAUUUCGUGUUAUAUUUUGUAUCUUUUUCUGUGGCACAGUUUUUUUUUGUUGUGGUUUUUGUGCGAGCAAGUGAGGCAAAUUUUUGUUCUCUUGUUUGCUUAUUGAGAACGAGAGAUUUCGUGGUCUUUGGUUGCUCUCGAUCUGAAUCAGUGAAGCUUCCGACUCGAAUCGGAGUCCUUUGCGGUUUGACUAACGGAGCUUGAACGCUUUUGGAUCGGUCAAUUCUAGGGUUACUAAGAAUUACGAGCUGGGAAUCAUCCGGAAACAUAGAGAAAAAAAAAAGUUGGGUCUUUGGGAUUUUUUGGGGUUGAUUUGUUUGGAUCAGAUGGGUCCAUAACUUUUCAGAGUUGAUAAGGGAGUAUUAAAUCUAUGAAAAUAUUGAUUCGUCGUGCAAAAGGAGUAAGAGAAAGUGGUUUUACUACAGAAGCGAAGGCAAAGAGUGCUUGGCCCUGUUAAGGAAACGGAGAUUUGAAGGUUUCUGCAGCUAUGGCUAUUCAGGAUGAAAGUGUUGGUGCUCAUUCACAUUCUGUUCUCCAGGCCAGCAAUGGGAUAUCUUUGAGUUCUGGCCUACAUUCUGUAACUGGCCUCCAACCAAGGGAUCAGUUUUCUUGCGGGAAUGAUUAUGCUACCAAGGUUAGGAAACCGUACACGAUCACAAAACAAAGAGAAAGAUGGUCGGAGGAAGAGCAUAAGAAGUUUCUCGAGGCUUUAAAGCUGUAUGGCCGAACUUGGCGACGGAUAGAGGAACAUGUGGGCACAAAGACUGCAGUUCAGAUUCGGAGUCAUGCUCAAAAAUUCUUCUUUAAGGUCAUCCGUGACUCUAAUGGUAAUAACACAAGCUUGGAGCAGUUUGAAAUUCCUCCUCCUCGACCAAAACGAAAGCCUAUGCAUCCUUACCCCAGGAAACUUGUAAUUCCGCCUAAAGAAACCUACACACCAGAACAGCCAAUAAGGUCUGCAUCUCCAAAUUUAUCAGUUUUGGAACGAGAAAACCAAUCUCCAACAUCAGUAUUAUCUGCAAUCGGUUCGGAUACAGUGGGUUGCACUGAUUCAGAUACACCGAGUGGUAGCUUAUCCCCUGUUUCAUCUGCAGCUGGUGUCCAAUCUGGUGGCUUAGUACCAACUGAACCCAACCAAUUGACCGAGAGAAGUGCAUCCCCAUCACCAGCUCUAACAACUGUUGGUUCAAUUUAUAAUAUGCAACUCUCUACGAAACUCAAUUUGUUUCCCAAGGAAAACGCGUAUGCAAAAGACGGUGCAUCAGAGGAAGCAUCAACCCGGAGUCUUAAGCUUUUUGGAAGGACAGUAUUAGUAACAGAUUGCCACAUACCAUCUUCUCCCCCCAUAGGGACUGGUAAAUCAAUGCCUGCAGACAUGCAUGAGGAAAAAGUUGUGCAAGCAUUGCCAAGUAACUUAUUGCCCGUGAAACCUGUACUGGGUAAUACAGAAUGUGCUUGGAGUCAUAUGCUCCAUGGUGCACAUGGUGGCCACUAUUUCACACAAGAGAACUCAAAUCUGGUAGAAACUAGUUCUGCUGCACCUAUUCCACGGUGGAAUUUUUAUGGGGGUUUACCAUUUCCUUCCCUACCAUUCCAUAAGGUGGAGCCAUCAAAAGCAUAUGUGGAAUCCGAUUUAGGAGAAAUCCAAGACAAAGAAGUUCGGAAGGAAGAGUCCUGGACUGGUUCAAAUACUGGAUCGGUAAAUGAUGGGGAAAAUGGUGAUAAAUGUUCAGAGGCUGAGACCCAGAGACGUCCACUUAUCCUUAAAAAUGAGAAUCAAGAGGCACAUCUAGUUUUUCAAUUAAGACGAAGUGAACAAUCAGCUUUCUCUGAGCUAAGAACGAGCCCUCAAAAGCGUGUGAAAGGUUUUGUACCAUACAAAAGAUGUGUGGCAGAUAGAGACUCCCAGUCCUCAACAACAACAGGUCAAGAAAGGGAAGAGAAACAAAUCCGACUUUGCUGGUAGUGUCCCUCCAUUGUAGUUUCCCUACAGCAGGUUUCCUUUAGUUAGCAUAUUAGCAUAUACUGCAUUUGACAGGCCGAGGGACUGAUCUGGGUACAGCUUAGUGGACUCUGGCGGUUUCAGCUGCUGGAUGGCUGAGGAGAAAUAAAAUUGUGGAACAGCAGCCAUUUUUUUGCAGCUUUGCAAAUACUCAUCUAGUUCUCUCUCUUUUUACCUCCAACUGUUCAAAUCCAUAAGCCCAUCUCUUCUUGUAUGCAUAAUUUUCUCUUGCUUUUUGUCCUCGGUGUUAACUUUUGUAUUCCUUCUAAUAUAUUUCUUUUUUACCUUCUUUGAACUAUAAA